UCUGCGACUCAGUUAUCCUGGGGACUAGACACUGGACUGGACCCGCGUCUGCUUUUUCCAAGGCUAAUCCUUUCCACAGAGCCGUAGACUAUCUAGAGCUCUGCCUUUUCAAGUGUAGGCUACGGUGCUGUAUUGUACAUUCUAAUGUCCAGGGAGAUUCUUCUAACCGUUUAUAGUCCUGGUGGAGCAGAUCCUGUGUUUGGAUGUGUGUGGGACUUUCUGUUAGGGACGCUAGAGCAUACGCUGAAAGGAGAGCAAACGGUGAAAGGUGGAUACAGCACUCAUGGCGGCGACAUAAUUGUUGCUUGCCAUUCAACGAAAUCGCUUAUAAACGUCUGGUCGUUGUCGAAAGGUCAAAUUGUUUGUCGUCUUUCAUGUCCUGGUCGCAUUACAGCUUUGCAGUGCUCACGUGAUGGUGUUUACUGUAUUGGUGCUGUCUCUGAAAAGAUAUAUGUGUGGCAGCUUCAUUCUGGAAAGUUGCUAGCAGUUCUUUUGGGCCAUUACCAAACAGUCAGAGCUUUACAAUUCUCUGAUGAUGGCACUAUGUUUUUAUCAGGAGGGGAUGAUAAUCUGGUUUGUGUUUGGCAAACAGCAAGUGUCUUGUCUUCAGCUGCUCUUAAUGAGACUUCUCCUCCAGCACAUGUUUGGUCAAGUCAUUCUCUUCCUGUGACAUGUAUACACUGUGGGUUUGGUGGAGUCCGAAGUCGAGUUUAUUCGUGUUCUAUUGACCAAACAUGUAAGAUAUGGGAAAUGUCUUCUGGCCAACUGCUUUCUUCAUUGACAUUUGAGACGGGAGUAACUACAGUUACAACGGAUGCAGCAGAGCUAAGGCUUUUUGUUGGUUUAAUUACAGGAGAUAUUCAUCAAGUCAAUCUUCACAAGCAGUUUACCUUGCAACUGGUGCGUGUUCUGGAAUUGUUUCAUGCCUUAGUAUUUUGUGUAUGAAAAUUGUAACCACAGGAUUGAAGGUUUGGAUUUGUACUCAGGUCUGUGUAAUUUAGUUCCAGCUUACUACAACAAGUUAGGUAGUUCU